AAUCUACAGUAAGAGGGCCAAGCCCAAACUAGCCUGGGCUGAGGAGCAAACGGAAGCACUGGAAGCUUCCCCAGAACGCACAGAUCAUUCAAAGUCUGUAAAAACCACGCAUUCAGUCUUCAAAUCUGCACGGUUCUACCUUCAUCAUCCAAUGCCCAUGUGUGAGAGCUACUUUCUGUCUAACAGCGAGCUAUCAGAGGACAGUUCUGGUAUUGGACAUGCUAGGCCUUCCUCCAGGGCUGUCUUGCAGAAUCGGGAAAAAGCACAUCAUCAUCAUCAACGUGUUUUCUCUGUUAGUCAUAAAAAAGAUGGUGAAAAUGAAUUCUUUCCACUCACUGCAGAAGCAGAUUACAGCAAGAAUGAGGAUCUAAAUGUUGGCACGUCUUGGGGGAAUGAAACGUCAGGGAAGGAGCUUCCUCAACAUAUCAGAAGAGAAGCAGAACAAAAGGCAGCUAGAAAUUAUCCUGUGCGAUGUAGCCAAGCAAAUUGCCUUAAUGAGGCUGUGGAGAAAGAUCUGCCACCGAGACAGAGAACCCACUCCAGUGGUAGCUUAGAUGAACUCUGGAUUAAGUUUUUGGAGUGCCAGAAGAGACACCAGCACCGUGUUUGUAGGGGUAAUGGUGAGCUGUCUCUUGUUGAACGCCUUGAUCGAUUGGCCAGGGUCCUUCAGAAUCCCAUUAAGCAUACACUAACACUAACAAAAUCUGAAAAGAAUGUUUCUGAAAAGCAAAUUAAGGGAAGAGAGCAGAAGAAAAUAAGACGGCCGAAAAAGAGGAUGUCUGAAAGUACCUUAAAGCCUAAUGCCACACAUGUUGAAGAAAGACCGUGUAUCACCCAUGAUAAAAAUAGCUUUGUUGAGCUCAGGAAAAAUAGGUCAGGAGAAAAAAUUAUCUGCCACAUGAAUAAAAUUUUGGAGCACCAGCAGUACUUGGAAACGCCUAGUGACACUUCCUCAGAGACAAGGCUUAGUAGAGAUCAUGGCACCACGACCAUUUCCACCACUUCUGAAUCGGAUGUGGUGACCCAAACAGAGAUGGAAACUGCUACUCAGACUGAGGUGAGCAGUUCUAUUUCCACCAUUGAUACUGCCAGGCUGAUCAGGGCUUUUGGGCAUGAAAGAGUACGGGUGUCACCAAGACUCUCCCAGCUUUAUUAUACCAUCAACCACCAGAAAAGUCGCUCUGAAAACUGGGACAAGGAAAGUGGCAAAGCAGUGGGUAUAGAAUAUCCAACGGUUACUUCUGAGAGACACAGGAAAAGGAAAGAGAUCCAGGUAUGUGGUCAGUUAGACUAA